AUAGAGAGAGGAUCACCUCACACACCUGAGCCAUGACAAAACACUGCUGUACAUUUGUAGUUUUACUCAGCACCACUUUGGUUUCUUUAUUCAGUCUUAUAGUUAUGCUUGAUUUGGAUCUGAGCUUCUUUGCUCCAAACACAACAAGAGCCAAAGUUCAAGACGACUCCGCUAAUCACAGUGAUAUUCACACUGCUGUACCAACCACAACCAGCCUGACAAACGUGACCAGGGAAACUGAUAUUCAAGAAAUACCUCAGCUCAAGAAAGACGCCCCUGACACGUGUGACGGCUGCAGCAAACUCAUCAACAAAGUUCUGGGGAAUUAUUCUCUGAACUGGAACAAAAACGACACAAAACAUGAGGAGCUCAGAUCUUUACUUAUCACAAACUGCAAUGGUUUUCAAAAGGCCUUUGUAACCCAGGCCAAUACUCCUCUGGGCACAACUAUCAGGUACGAUGCAGAGAAGAGAGAGCGUGUUGUAAAUGAAGAUCUUUUCUCCAACAUUCCAAAGGACAUUCAUUUCUCUAAUAAAAUACUGGACACAUGUGCUGUUGUUGGAAAUGGAGGGAUUCUGGUGAACAGCAGCUGUGGAGAAGCCAUAGACUCCGCCCAGUUUGUGAUCAGGUGUAAUCUUCCUCCUCUGGACAAAGGCUUUGGGAAACAUGUCGGCAGAAAGACCAAUAUUGUGACUGCAAACCCAACUAUUAUUGUUAAAAAAUAUGGGAGUCUACAACAUCGGCGCCGUCAGUUUGUGGAUGAUGUCAGUAUCUAUGGCGACUCGCUGAUGUUUCUUCCUGCCUUUUCCUUUGCAUUUUGCACUGGUUUGAGCAUGUCAGCCCUGUACACUCUGGAGGACUUCAGGAGCUCCGUUAAGGCUGUGUUUUUGAACCCCGAGUACCUCAAGAGUCUGGAUGUGUUCUGGCGUUCACAGAAACUCAAUCCUCGGGUCAGAAUAAGCUCUGGCUUCAUGAUGGUGAGUUUAGCAUUGGAAAUCUGUAAUAAUGUGGACAUUUAUGGCUUCUGGCCUUUUGCAUAUCACCCCCACAGCUUCCAGCCUGUAACAAACCACUAUUAUGACGACCAAAAGGCAAGUUCUUUUCACGCCAUGCCUGCAGAAUUUGCUUAUUUAAUAAAACUACACAAUGAAGGUGUACUUCGGGUUCAUCUGGGAGAGUGCCCGCCACAGAAAUAUGGCUAAACUUUUAUAUUGGUGGCUUCUAUUUUGUUAAAGCCAGAGUAUGUGUUUGAGCUGGCUCACAUCUCCACAAACCUGACUCUUAUUUGGUCUGGAGAAGUGCCUUCUGCUUGUUUCCAUGAAAAUGUUGUUCCUUUGGCUAUAACGUUCUACAGUAUGGCAUAAAACAUAUCUAUCUCUAUGGAGAAUGAUCCAAAGUAUGGUUUUAACUAAAAUGUGCUCAUCCAUUAUUAUCAGAUAUCGGCCUGCAAA